AUUCUCUCUCCUUCUUCUCUCCUCUUUUUCUCCAGCUUGAUUGACUUGACGAGCCUUGGUCACCGCAGCCACCCCUAAUUCCCAAUUCCCCCACUUCAAGCCCUAAUUACACCGAUUUGAAUCUCUCCAUCACUGAAGAUGUCAAGGCGAACUCUUCCGAUCUUCAAAAACCUCCUCUCCGGCGCCGGAUCCACCCGAUCCGUGACCUACAUGCCCCGACCCGGCGACGGAACCCCGCGCCCCGUCACGCUGAUCCCCGGCGACGGCGUCGGCCCGCUCGUCACCGGCGCCGUGGAGCAGGUGAUGGAGGCUAUGCACGCGCCGGUCUACUUCGAGAAGUACGACGUCCACGGCGACAUGAAGACGGUGCCGCCGGAGCUGAUCGAGUCGAUUAAGAAGAACAAGGUGUGCCUCAAGGGCGGGCUCAAGACGCCGGUCGGCGGAGGCGUGAGCUCGCUGAACGUGAUGCUGCGGAAGGAGCUCGAUCUCUACGCUUCGCUGGUGCACUGCUUUAACCUCAAGGGGCUCCCCACGCGCCACCAGAAUGUCGAUAUUGUUGUGAUCCGGGAGAAUACCGAGGGAGAGUAUGCUGGACUCGAGCACGAGGUUGUUCCUGGAGUCGUUGAGAGCUUGAAGGUGAUAACAAAGUUCUGUUCUGAGCGAAUAGCAAAGUAUGCGUUUGAGUAUGCGUAUCUGAACAACCGCAAGAAGGUGACUGCUGUGCAUAAAGCAAAUAUCAUGAAACUUGCAGAUGGUUUGUUUUUGGAAUCCUGUCGGGAGAUUGCUAGCAAGUACCCUAGUAUCCAGUAUAAUGAGAUGAUUGUGGAUAACUGCUCCAUGCAACUCGUUUCAAAGCCAGAGCAGUUUGAUGUUAUGGUGACUCCAAAUCUCUACGGAAACCUGGUCUCCAAUGUAGCUGCUGGUAUUGCUGGUGGUACUGGUGUCAUGCCUGGAGGGAACGUAGGAGCUGAUCAUGCUAUUUUCGAGCAAGGUGCUUCUGCGGGCAAUGUAGGAAACGAGAAAUUACUAGAGCAAAAGAAGGCCAAUCCAGUAGCAUUGCUACUCUCUUCCGCCAUGAUGCUAAGACACUUGCAAUUCCCUUCCUUCGCUGACCGACUAGAAACUGCAGUGAAGCGUGUCAUAUCAGAAGGUAAGUACCGAACAAAGGAUCUUGGCGGCGUCAGCACCACCCAAGAAGUUGUAGAUGCUGUCAUCGCAAAUCUCGAAUGAAUUCCUCUAACAUCGAUUGCAGGACUUAUCUAGAGCUUCGCAAGAAGCCUCGCGCUCGCCCUUCUUGUAAUGAUCUUUUACAUUUUCAUAUAAUUAUUUUUUCUGCUCCCCAGAGAAGACCGAGCAAAAUAAUGAUUGUGAGUCGUCGUCUCACGAAGAAAGAAGAAUGAGCAUUGGGGUUGUACUGGUGUUGCUUUAUACCCCAAAUUGUGGAAGUUAUAUGAUGUUUUUACUUCUGCAUAUGCUAUACUUGUUAAUUGACAUGAGGUAUAAUAUUGUUCCAUGUCUGGUUUUGCUUAUUUUUGAAUGAAAAUGUCUUUUCAAUUUUCAUACA